UCUGUAAUGACGACACAAAUACAUAGAAAAUGACACACGUCAAAGACAAAUCUUGCACACCUCGAUCUCUUUUUGUGUACGGACGAGUCACAGCAUGCACCGCUAUAGGUACAGUUGUACCUAUGCUUCGGCAGAGGGGAAAUAGUACGAAUGCCGUCUCCCUUCCCGGUGUUGCUCGAAGAUUACAGGUGACUAAAUUUACACCCUGUAUAUCGUGGUGUCGGUGUGUGCAUUGCCUUAUAGGUGCAUAUUGUAAGAUCGAAGAGUAAAAAGUCGAUUUUCAUACAAUAUUAGUAUUAAUUGCAGGUCAAUAAGUUACAUUAUACUUAGGUGUAGCAUACCUGUAAUAUAACAAUGCGUCCGACACUAAAUAUCAAAAGUUGCACGUCAAUUGGUCAGCACAUCGUUUACAGUAUAUACAAAAACACUCUUGCUCGGGCCCGACGUCGGACCUGACAUCGGACGACAGCGAGUGGGGAUGUAAUUGGCCCUUUUUUGACUUCUACCUCACCGCCGAGCCGAGUAUUCGUAUCGUCAAUAACGAAAGUUUUCAAAAAUGAUUAAGUAUUCAUGUUCACUGUGCUAGCAGAAUGGCUUUAUCUGGAAAUUGGCGGAUGGAGAAAACAGGAGGAUCUACUUUGAAGCUUCUUGUUGCACUAACAUGUACAGGUGAACGUGAUGCAUGUAUAAUAUCGAAUGAACUUUUGAUUGAUGAUUUGGUCAAAGUUCGUUUUCAAUGGAGUUCAAAAAAAUGUAAAGAUAAUGAUGCACCAGAGAUAUCUACCAAAUUGUCAUUAUCAAAAUGUGACGCUGACAAUAAUAGUUCCAUCAAAAUAAAUUUUACAAGUGAAAUAUUAGAAUAUUCUGCAAUUGGUAUUCACACCCUCAAUAAGUGGUCAGAAUGGGAACUCAUAGGAACUACAAAACCAAAUGUAAAAACAGUUAAACCAUUGGUGUAUACUAUUAUUAUAGAUAUCUUGAUAACUGUAUAUCAGUUUAAUAUAGACAUGACAUUUCCUAAGUUAUAUUCAGACACAGACUUCACUGAUUUUGCUCUUUCUACUACUGGAGGGUCUGUGCCUAUACACAAGGUGUGCCUGGCUGCUCACAGUGAUGUGUUUAGGGCAAUGUUGAAAGGGGAGUGGAAAGAGACGGCGGAAGGACAAGUAAAUAUUCAGGGAGUGACCCUCGACACACUUGAACAGCUUAAGAAAUACUUGUACUUAAGCAGUGUGCCCGAUGAUGUGGAUGAGCUCUGUUCACUGCUGCUGGUUGCCCGACGAUACAUUAUAGAAGACCUUGAAAAACACUGCAUUAGGGUGAUUGCAGAGACAGUUUCCUCGGAAGAAUUAUUCUCAAUUAUUGAAUUUGCUUGUGAGAACCAGAUUCCUGAAUUGCCCUUUGCAAUUUUACAGGUGACUGAAGAUUCUGUUGUCAACGAAGCUUACAAAAUUAAAAAACAGGCUAUGGUUAAAGCUAAGAUUAGAGAUGAUAAAAUUGAUGAAUCAUGAAUAAUAUUGUAACAUUAAACAUAAAUCGGAGGUAAUCUGACAUAAAUCACAUAAACUGCUACUAUAAUCUAGAUCUUAAAUAAAAUAAUUCUAAACUUUUUCAUUGCAAAUGCUAGUUUUAUGCAUGCUUGGUCAAUUACUUUCAUAUAUAUAUUUUUUGUAAGUAUCUAAAAAUGUUAAUAUUGUUUUUUAUUGAAAAUUAUGCUAUUGAUUAUUGAUAUGAUUGAUGUCUUUAUAGUGAUGAUGUACAGUCACGUCUGAAAUCAUCGAUACGAUCGAAGUGCCAAAAAUAUGUGUACACGACUCUAUGGCUCAUAUAUUAAGGUAGUGUAUACAUAAUUUUGGCACUUGUCCGUAUCGAUAUUUUCAGACGUGACCGUAUGUAAGCAAACUAGAAUGAUAAUUGUAUUACAAGUAGGGAGAUCUAGAAAACGAAUAAAAAGACAAUUGAUUGUAAUUAGCUUUCCCCCUUUCAUAUUGUUUUAAAUAUUGAUUCUAGAGAAGUGUUAUUAAUGUUUUUUGUAGAAAAUUUAAUGUAAAUUAUAUAUGAAUUAUAUAUAUUUAUGUACUAUAGGCCACCGUUUACGAUUUACUAAAAAGGGACUUUAAAAUUGUUUAUAAUUAACAUUCCUAGUAAAGUUUUUUUUUAAUAUUGAUCCUAGCGAAUAGUAUUUGACAUAUUUUUUGUAGGAAAUUUUAUGUGAGUUAUUUAUGUUUGAGGUUUUUUUGCUAUUGGUCAUACUUUACAAAUUAUUAUUAUUAUAAAUAUUAUAUCUAUUUUGUUCUUUUAUAUCUUUUUAAAUGAAAUUUAUAAAAUUUCAGUCUCGUUAUUAGGUCAUUUGAAAGAGCUCAAAUAGAAAAUUAUAAAAAAUUUGCUUAUGAAGGAAGUGAAAAAAAUACCAUUCCCCCCCUUAUCUCCGAAGUUUACGAAUGAAAAAUUAUGAAAAU